GGCGGGCCGGGGGACCGCGGCCACCACCUCCCGCCGCGCAGUGUUCUUUCCCGAGCGUGCCCUCACCGCUGAGCUUUCCGGAACAGCGGCGGCCACAGUCAUGGCCCCCCCUUGGGUGCCCGCCGUGGGCUUCACGCUGGCGCCCAACCUGGGGUGCUUCCUGGGCUCCCACUUUGUGCGCGGCGAGGGCCUGCGCUGGUACGCCGGCCUGCAGAAGCCCUCGUGGCACCCGCCCCGCUGGGCGCUGGGCCCCAUCUGGGGCACGCUCUACUCGGCCAUGGGGUAUGGCUCCUACAUGGUCUGGAAAGAGCUGGGGGGCUUCUCGGAGGAGGCGGUGGUUCCCCUGGGUCUGUACGCUGGGCAGCUGGCCCUGAACUGGGCAUGGCCCCCCAUCUUCUUUGGCGCCCGGCAGAUGGGUUGGGCCGUGGUGGACCUUCUGCUGACCAGUGGGGUGGCGGUGGCCACGACUGUGGCCUGGCACCGGGUGAGCCCACCGGCCGCCCGCCUGCUCUACCCCUACCUGGCCUGGCUGGCCUUCGCGGCCACACUCAACUACUGCGUAUGGCGGGACAACCGCGGCCGGCGUGGGGGCCGGCGGGGCCUGGAGUGAGUGCCCAGCCUGCGAGGACUGUGGCCGGUGCCAGCAUGUGUCGUUGGUGGCGGUGGCUGUCACGUUUUCACGGCCGCCGGGCCUGCUGCUCUG